CGCCUACCAGUCCGCGCUCCGUCUUAAUGAAGAGGGGCUUUUCCUUGAAUCCCUAUUGGAUGGCAGCUCGGGGUUCCUUCACAACCAUUGGCUGGGUGUCAGUGAAAGGCUGGGCCAAUGAAGUGUGCGCUGUGCAGCUCUGUCCCCGGCUUUUUGGAUGUGGUAAAAAGGGUGUGUUUGCUGGAGGAGCUGAUACUGCAGCUAAUGACAACGGGGCGGCUGGGACAUCCACUGGCUCCGGGUUACGUGUGUUCGGAUCAACUGGAAUUCAACUACACCUGCAGCGUCCUCCGAGGGCUUCCUGGGAAUUGUAGUAUAAUAGGAGCUGAUGUGUCUGCAGCCUGGAACAAUGGCCAUCUCUGUCUGAGUGAUAAUAUAGAUCUUUCAGGUUUAUCUGAUUUUUAGUUUGGAUUCGCAGACAAGAUGAGUCACAGAUAUUCUGAAAACAAUAACUUUCCCUAUGACAAUAACCAGAUGGUUUUAGACAUGAUCCUUUGUUCCCUGGUGGGUGUCCCGCAGCCCAUCAGUUGGGACAGUGUUGCAAGGCUGGUUCCAGGAUAUACGCCAAAAGAGUGUGCCAAACGGUUUGAAGAGCUGAAGAGCAGCGGGACCUCUCCUGUUGAUAAUCAGUAUAACCCUUUAAUGGCAACUGGUGGGAUACCUUUAGAAAGCUUGGCCUCAUACAUCAAGUCCUCCCUUCUGGAUCCCGUGGAUAACCAAGAGGAUGUGACAGUGGGCCAAGGCACUAUCUCUAUAACAGGAAGGCCGGGUGCCACCACAGCACGAAAGUGUUCUGAGAGUGACAGGUGUUCCUCGUCGCUGAAAGGAGACAGCACUACAGGAAGCCAGGGGCCUAACAUGGUGAUCCAUGUGUGCGAUGAAGCCAAAAACCUUAAGGAGGACUUUGUGUGCCCUCGAGACCUUUUGGUAUCGGAGAUGAAGUACUUUGCCGAAUACUUGUCCACCGAUGCUCAGCGCUGCGAGGAAGUGGAUAUAUCUGUUCAUUGUGAUGUUCACAUCUUUGAUUGGCUGAUGAGAUACGUUAAACGUAGCGCUCCAGAAAAUGAGAAUCAAGAGAUCCCAAAGUUAGAACCUGGCAAUGUCAUCUCAAUCCUAAUUUCCUCUGAAUUUUUGAAGAUGGAGUCAUUGGUAGAGGAAUGUAUCCGGUAUUGUCACAAAAACAUGAGUGCCAUUGUAGCCACACCUUGCAACAUGAACUGCAUCAAUGCAAAUCUUCUAACGCGGAUCGCCAACCUCUUUACGCAUAAUGAGGCAGAUGAUGUAAAGGACAAAAAAGAUAAAUUUAAAAGCAAGAUAUUCUGCAAGAAAAUCGAGAGGCUGUUUGAUGCAGAAUGUAAGAAUGCGGAUUCUCCAGCAAACGCCUCAACACUUUUCAGAUGCUGUCUGUGUAAAAGGCUGCUGACCAAGGAAGCUGAGAAAAAGAUUGACUGUCUCCCUGGUAGAAUCAGCAUAGAUCAGCAUGGAAAUAUUGUCUACUUACACAUACGAGACAAAUCGUGGGAUGUUCAUGAAUACCUGAUAAGUUUAUUUGAAGAACUAAAGUCUUGGCGAGAUGUCUACUGGCGACUGUGGGGGACAAUUAAUUGGCUGACAUGCUCUAGAUGUAAGCAAUCAUUCCUAUGCAAUGAAUCAUCCCACUGCCAGUAUCACCCAGAGCCUGCAGUUUAUCCCGGCGCAGCCAGCUCCCUUGAUUCCCCUGGCACUGGCAUAUAUCCCUGCUGCAACCAAAAAGUACUUCGCUUUGACCCUGCACAGCUGCCAAAGGGCUGUAAAGUGAGGGAUCACGUAGUUGGUUUGCCAGGAGGAUGUGACGAUAUGAGUGAAAACCCUUCAUGUAACUUUCUAAGUGAUUUACUACAGCGUAGAGAUGUCAUAGCUGUGCCUUUUUCCAAAGACUUGAAUGGAGACUCUGGGAUUGUCUUAAGCGAGGAACCAAGUUUUAAAUGUGAUGCUCUGUUAGAGCCAAACACUUUGUAUGGGCAGAAAACAGGAGAGAUGAAUGCAUUUCUUUCACUGAAGAACAUCAGUCUACAGCUGAAACAACAAUCUUUGCUGUCGGAAGAGGAGGAUUAUACCACUGGUUCUGAAGUCACUGAAGAUGAGGUUGGAGAUGAGGAAGAAUUAUCUAGAAAACAAGGGAGGAAAGUGAAGCCAAAGAGAUCUGCUAAACAGACAAAAAAGCACAUUUCCUCCCCAAGUAUCCAUAAAAAGGAAAGGCAACAGGAAAAGGCCUCUCGAGAUUCAUCUCCAUUUACAGUUAGCCUGCAGAGGAAUAAGUGGGAUGCGUCUCGCUCUCUGAGAUUUAACCAAGACGCCCAAAGGGAGGAUGAUCAACGAAGGAUGACAGAAAUCACAGGUCACCUUAUCAAAAUAAGACUCGGGGACUUGGAACGUGUCAAAGCCAAGGAAGGAAAAGAACAAGCUGGGGGUAUAUACGCCAGGCUGGAAGCACAGAUCAAGGCCUCUGCUCACUCCAAUACUCGACAAAUGAACACAGAAAAGAUUCCCAGACCCAAGCCUCGCUUUGGAACAGGGCGGCCUACAUAAAACCCGGCAUCAUGGACAGGACUUGCUUGCGAUUCUAUAGAAUAUUAUUCAUCAGUAUGGAAAAUAUUUUGUUUUUAAUUUAUUAGAUUUGGCGAUCUCUCCCCGAUAUGCCUACAUUGAAGUAGGCGAUAUCACGCUGAUCCGAUCAUGGGCCCUAGGGCCCAACGAUCGGAUCACAAUGCAUCUGAAAUGGGUGGUUGCAUGACGCACAGAUGCGGCCGCAAUCCGCCGAGAUUUUUUAACCUGCCCGAUCGAGAUCUGCCCAACUUUCAGCCAGAUAUCGAUCGGGGACACCCGUCGGAUGGCCCCACACAUGGACCAAUAAGCUGCCGACUCAGUCUGUCAGAAGCUUUUAUGGGCCCGUGUAUGGGGGCCUUUAAGCAAAUUUUGCUGCCUGGGGAUCUGCUUUGAUGAUUUGCUUAAAAGGUUAUUUAUUUAUGCUUCAAAAAAACUUUUUUUUUUUUUUAAAUUAAACUUAUUUUAACAAAAUGUC